CUCUCUCGCUCACCGCAAAAUCAACCUAAUAAACCGGACUUCGGUUCGGUUUUGGUAUUGCGUAGCCGGUUUGGUUACAGCCUCACCCGAUAGAAUCAGCCUUUAGGGUUUCUAACACGUCGAAGCUAGAAACACUUUCGAACCUGAAAAUCUCUGUUGCCGGAGACUUCAUUCACCGAAACUCAAAGAGGAAGAAAGAGAGAGAGAUAAGAGAAAAGUUAGAAGCAAUGGAGGGAGCAGAGGAAGCUGGGGCUGAGAUAGCGGUUGAUUCAAAGGACUUGCAGCAACAAAGCAAAGCUUUCGACAAGCUCACCGAUCGUGUCGAGGAUCGCCAGCUCGAUUCCUCUCGUGUUCAAUCGGCUAUGGCUUCGAUUGCUGCUUCUAGGGAGGCUGAUCUGAAUGCUAAGAGGUUGAGGGAGAAAGAACUGGCCUCUGUGAAGAUCAAUCCUGCAGAUGUUGAGUUUAUUGUAAACGAACUCGAGGUAGAAAAGAAUGUGGCGGAAAGAACUCUAAGGGAGUACAACGGUGAUGCGGUUGCUGCGACUAGGGAAUUGCUUUCACGAUAUCCUCUAUGAUGGACCAGGAUUAUUUAUUACUUCCAAGGUUUUUGGUUUGUUUGAGGGGUUGAGAGCAAGUCUCCUAAUAUUUAACUGAGUUGAAAUUGUCUAUUGCUGAAUCAGUCUCUCUGAGAAGCCCUGAAUACAGAUACAAUAGAUUUUGUGUUUCAAUCUGAAGUUUGAAGUUUCAAUCUUAUUAUCAGGAGUUUAAGAGUGUUGUUCCUCGUUAACUUGGUCUUGGAGCUAUAAAAAGCCUGUGGGAUAAUCA